AACUCAGAAGCCUACUAGAUUCAGUAAAAGCUAAAAUUAAUGGGUCUUUUAUAGAUGAUAUUUUAUCCAAGUUAAAUGAAGUUGGUGUCAAGGCAGAACUCUCAAGCAUAAGGAAAGUAGGGGUAGUUAAACUAGCUAGUGUUUGGAGAAACUGUUUAUCAAAUAGAUUAUCCAAUAUGCUUUCAAGCUGA